AUGCUCAUGAAGUCCUGGUGCUUUCUCUGGCUGUUGGAAUGCCAGGUGGCUCUGGCCCAGAUUGUCUGCGGGGGGAAAAGAAAUGGAGCUAGGAGACCAAAGGCUAAACAAGUUUUGUCAAAUAAUGUUGAAAAACUCCCUGGUUUCAGUAACAAAGAUAAAGACUGCAUCCUAGAAAUGGCCUUUUUGCUUGAUAGUUCUGAAGAUGUGGGCAGUUAUUAUCAUGAGCAACAAAAGAAAUUUGUGCUGGAAACAGUGAAUAAGAUGAAAGGUCUACAACUAACUUCUGGGCAUACCCUCCAAUGGAAAAUGUCCUUACUGCAGUAUAGCAGUAUUGUCCUCAUGAAGCAGACCUUCCACAGCUGGGAGGGUCCUGAAGACUUCCAGAGUCAUGUUGCAUCCAUCACACCCACUGGUCCUGGAGCAUAUAUGACUUAUGCCAUAACUAACUUAACAUGGCUGUAUAAGACAGAAAGUAUUCCUGGCAGUGCCAAGGUUGCAGUGCUCUUUAUAGAUGGAGCUAAACAAGCAAGAAACACAGAUAUUUCUGCAGCUUCUAGGAAGGCUAAAAACCAAGGCAUCGUCUUCAUCAUUGUGGGAUUAUCCAGUGUCGCUGAAGAGACAGCCAGUGCUGCCAUACUAUAUCACCUUGCCAGGGUCCCUGCCUCACAAGCUAUCUUUAGUCUACAGGAGAAAGAAGUUGUGGAAAAGGUUCUUAAAAAAACAAAAGAACUGACAGAGGAAAAGUGCCUUCAAACUUCUGCAUGCUUGUGUGAGAAAGGGGAAAGAGACUUUCCCUGCCCUGGCAAAAGAGGUGACUGUGGCAUUCCAAGGAUAAAAGGUGACUGGGGAUCUCAGGGACAUCAAAUUGUCCAAGGAGAAAGAGGUCCUCCAGAAAAAGAACUCCCUCAAAGAAAGAGUGAAGUUGGACCCCAACAUCCACCUUCCAGCUUUCCUGAUGCUGGGAUCCACAGAGAGAAGGGUGAACCUGGUUCUCCAAGCCCAAAAGGUCUGCCUGGAUACCCAAGAGAAGUUGGAAUCCCAGGGCAAAAGAGAGAUCCCAGAGUACCUCCUAUCCAAGAUCCAAGUGUUAUCCUAGGUGUCAACAUCCCAAGGGAAAAGGGCAACCAAGGUCAGAGAGGCAUGCAUGAUUUACCAGAAACAACGGGAGCACCUUGGACUACAGGAUCUAAAGGCAAAAUUGGACCCAAGGAUGAUCAAGGCCUCACAAGAGAAGAUAUAAUUAAACUAAUUAAAGAAAUAUGUGGCUGUACCAUUAACUGUAAGGACAUAUCAAUGGAGCUUGUUUUUGUGAUCAAUAGCCCUGAAAGCAUGGGACCUGAAAACCUAGAGGUCAUCAAAGAUUUUGUCACAUCUCUAGUUGACAGAGUCACUGUGGGGAGAAAUGCUACCAGGAUUGGCCUUGUGCUAUAUGGUUCAGAUGUUCAGCUCACAUUUGGUCUGGACAGAUUCAUUGCCAAACAGGAUGUGAUACAUUCAAUUAGGAAGAUGUCAUAUAUGGGAAAAGGCACUUUUACUGGCACAGCCAUCCACAAAGCAACCCGGGAAGCAUUUUGGGGAGCCCGGACAGGGGUCAGGAAAGUAGCUGUCGUGAUCACAAAUGGCCAAACAGAGAAGAGUGAAGCUAUCAGAUUAGAAGCUGCUGUCAGGGAAGCUCAUGCAGCCAACGUUGAGAUAUAUGCAAUUGGAAUCAUCAAUACUUCAGAUCCAAGACAAUAUGAAUUUGUCCGGGAAUUAAACUUAAUUGCAUCAGAUCCAGAUAGGGAACAUAUGUACCUCUCUGACAGCUUCAAUGCCCUCCCAGAUUUGGAGUUCAAGUUGGCGAACCAGUUUUGUGCUAAUGAACAUAAUGCAUUAAUUUCUGGACAAACCAGAAAUGAUAGGAUAAUUGGAAAGCCUUUCCAAUCUAUAUCAUUCAAUUCUGCAAAUAACUUACUCCACAACAGCAGCAGACUGAAUGGACAAACGACUUCAUCAGAUAAGCAGAAAGUAGAUAUACGAGAAAACUAUUUUGGCUCUGACAAGCAUUCUCAACCAACCACAGUGAACAAAGAAUCACUGGUGUUACUGUAUGAAGACUAUGAAGAAAAACAUAAGAAAGUAAAACAGCUACCUAUAUCAUCAGUGAAUCUUCAAGAAAAUACAUGGAAUCCACAAUGUCAAUCAAACUUAGAUCAAGGAUCAUGCCGUGUAUAUGUUAUAAAAUGGUACUAUGAUAAGAAAGCGAAUGCUUGCGCUCAGUUUUGGUACGGUGGCUGUAAUGGAAACGCUAAUCGCUUUAACAGUGAAGAUGAAUGUGUAAAGACCUGUGUAUUUUUCCAUGGAGGUACAGUGUGA